AUGAUCGAAAAUGUAUUUGGCUGCAGAUUUGACAUAAGUUCAUCUUGUGAGAUUGCGAUGUGCAAAAAAGAAGAAAGGUAAAAAAGGAGAUAAAAAUGUAGUUCGGAAUCCUGUGAUAUCCCUUUGCUUCACAAUAGCUCUUUUAAAACUAUCAGACUUAUUAACACAUUGACCCCAUUUCCUCCAGAUGCCUUAAGAACCACAUCUUAAAUGCUUCAUUCUGGAAAGGAUGAAAGUCUGGCACAAUAGCUAAACUAUUUCUACUGUUUGCAUUUAUCUAAGGCAGAAACUCUGUUCAGCCAAAUCUCAGCCAGCCAGCAUUCCUGCUGCUUGCAGUUGGGUGACUAAGAGAAUCUCUCCAAGAUCAACAUCUGGAAAAUCUGAGAGAAGCAAAUGUUGGCUUCUUCAUCUAAAUUGGAAGUCUGCAUGCCUCCCAGCCUCAUCCCUCCAAAUCUUUAUGUCUUUUUUUCCAGACCGAAUAGAACAAUGAUAUGCAUUUUACUGCAGCAGUCAGAUCCUAAACUUGUUAAAAGCAGGGUUGGUUGCUACACAGUAGUGUAGUUUCUUGAGCCAGAACUGAGGGAGGAAUGAGGACAGGGUUAGUUAACAAAAGUGCCAAACUAUGGGUGUUACAUGACGCAGCCUUGGACUUUGAACACUCACUCUGCCAAAUAGAAACUCCCUGGUUUGCAGCAAAUGAUUUUCCCUUUUACAUGGAAAUUGCCAGUUUAUAGUUUAAGCUUCCUGGUUCAAACUUGAAUUGUGCAAACCAGCUUCAAACCUUGGUUUGCAAUCCUGGUUUGGAGAGGAAGCCCAAACAAUAGAUUCCCCGUAUGUAUGCAGAGGGGAAAAGUAAAAGGAAUGAAUUAAUUUGAACACAUGAGGACAAUAGGGAGGUGGAGUAUGUAUGUUCAUCGAGAUCAAUUAAUGUAAACAGCAAGUCAAUUGAUUUCAAUGUGUCUAUUCUGAGUUAUAACCUACUUGAAUACAACCCUCUAGUUUCCUCUCUUUUUGAGUAUAACAGUGCAAUCCUAAGCAUGUUUACUCAGAUGCAAGUGUCACUGAACUCAACAGAACUUCCUCCCUAUAAAAUGUAUUUAGGAUUGUAGCCUAAGAAUGACAUACGUUUCCAAUUUCAGAGCAUCAGCUGGUAGAAGUUUGAGGAAGAUGGGUAACUAGUGAAAAGGAUCAGGGGACUGUGAGUCAUAGACUUUAUGCUCUGUGUUUAACUUUGCUCUUUACUUGUUAUCCAACCUUGGUUGCUUGUAUAUGCAAUUGUUCAAUGACUCAACUUAGCCUUUUAAAAGUAAAACAAAUGUAAUUAAAAUCUAAUUUUAAUCUGUUUCUUUAUGCUACCACAGCAGCUCGAAUGGCAUAUGCCCAGAAAUGGAGGGAAUGAACAGUACCAAUGAAGGAGGAAUGGCAGACAAAAUUGAUGGAAUAUGCAGAAAUGGCAAGUUUAACCAGUAAAAUAAGAGAUCAGGAAGAAAGAGCAUUUAAGGAAGAGUGGGAUCAUGUAUUCCACCUUGAGCUCCUAGGAAGAAAAAGGUGGUAUAUAAAUGUACCAAAUAAUUAGAUAACUAAAUAGAAAACAUAUUAUUUGCAGUCUGAUCCUAUGAUGUGUAUGCACAAUUCAGUACCACUCAGUCAAAAAAGGAAAUGUAUACGAGAUGAAAGAAGGGACAUAACCAAGGAUGAAUUUAAAAGUAUUCUGAACCUGUAAUGACAGUGUCAAGAAGACUAAAUCCCAUAAUGACCUAUGACUUGCAAGGAAAAUGAAAAACAAUUUAAAAACCUUCUUUAAUUAUGUCCGGAACAAAAUGUAGGUCCCCUCUUUGGGGAAGAUGGGGAAGUAUUAACAAGUGACGGAGAGCAGGAGGAACCACUCAGCUACUAUUCUGCCAUAGUCUUUACUCAUAAGGAGAAUUGUGCAACUUUGGAAAAGUAGAACAAAUGACAUACAGAGGGAUUUGCAGCCCAGGUGAGGUAAGGAGGUGUCCAGAUCACAAGCAGUGAUAGUUCCACCCUGUUCUGUGCUUGUCAGACUGUUUCUGUGAUAUUGCGUCCAGGGGAAUGGGCUACUGACAAGAGGUUGUCCUCCUCAAAUUAGAGUUCUUUCUAACUCAGAAAUCCUACGGUUCAACUGAAAUUGUUAUUCAAAACAUAUUGUUACUGGCCACUCCAAUCUCUGUUGAGCGGCGUGAGAUUCCAAGUGUUUUGGAACUUAACCAGGGUUUGUGUUUCCUUUGGAAAAAAAUAAGGCACAACAGUGACUGUAGUGUCAACCAGGAUCUUGGCUGAAGGGGUGCAUAGUAUGACACCCCAAGAGUGUCUCUUGUUGCUUUUCCCAUAGCUUCAGCAAGCUUGGGUCCAAAGAAGAGUUUGGAUUUGAUAUCCCGCUUUAUCACUACCCAGAGGAGUCUCAAAGCGGCUAACAUUCUCCUUUCCCUUCCUCCCCCACAACAAACACUCUGUGAGGUGAGUGGGGCUGAGAGACUUCAAAAAAGUGUGACUAGCCCAAGGUCACCCAGAAGCUGCAUGUGGAGGAGCAGAGAUGCGAACCCGGUUCACCAGAUUACGAGUCUAUUGCUCUUAACCACUACACCACACCCAGUGUCUGGGUACAGACUCUCCCUACCAGCCUGCAUUGAGUUCUGUCCACUCCCUACUUCUUGUUCUCAGAACCCCUUGCCAGAUGCAGCUUCCCUUUCUAUUUACACCAUCACUCAUGGUCUUCCUGGCAGCCUCCAUUUUAAAAACACACACACACUGCAAAUGGGUACUUUUUCCUGUAGUGGCAUCAUGGCCCCUGUAACCAUGACAACCUCACCCUCCCAAUGCUUCUGUCCAUGUCCACUACUGAGUGGCAGAGGAAGGGCAAUAUUUGCAUUAUUAAUCUUUCUUUAUGGCCCAAUACUCUGCUCUCUUUGUUUCUUAAUGACACCUCUUAUCAGCUGAUCUCCCAAACAGGAAAACCAGUAUAACCUGUCAUUUUACACUAUGUCACAUCUUCCUUAUUAAGCAAAAUGUUGUUGUUGGCAUCUGGCUGUUUCAAGAGACAGUGGAGUGCUCCUCCUGGGGUGAAGUCAAACCGCCGUGUUAGCAGCAUGGAGGUUACCUCCUCAGAGCACAAGCUUAAGCAGUGGUGCUAUGGAGAUCCUGGGCUGCCCAGACAACAAGACCCCACUCUCGGCCUUGCUGAUGUAGUCCAAAGCAGCAUUACAUUUGGCAUCAGCUGGGCUGCAGGAGUUGCCGGAAGGAGGCAUACAAGGCACCAUCCAACUAUAUUAGGGACUCCACUCUGGAUUUCUGUAGGGUUUACUCCUUAGCCUUUUCUUCUCCCAAAGAUGUCCCACAAGGCAGUGGGUACGGGUUUUCCCUGGGGUUACUCCCAAAGCCUUUCUCAUUAAUGAGUACAGCCGCAAGGCAGCAGAGGCUUAGGAUCAGAGUUUCCAUUCUCUGACAUGGGGCUCCCAUCUGCCCCUCACUUCCAUCUACAGCACAUGCAGAAACCACUUUCUUGACCUUUGGACACACUAUUGGUCUCAUCCGCUCAAUCUGCCAGAGCCUGUCUUUACAUGCAGGGGAAGGCUCCAACUCACAGAGGGUUUGAAACCCCUCAGCUACCCUUACCUGGUUCAGAAGGCCAGGCAAAGCUGUUCAUGGGAUGUGGCCACUGUCACAUGCUGACAACUUCUGGAAGCUGAGGUCGAAACAAAAUAAUAAUAAUAAUAAAAUUUCUUCCAGUAGCACCUUAAAAGGUAAAGGGACCCCUGACCAUCAGGUCCAGUUGUGGACGACUCUGGGGUUGCGGCACUCAUCUCGCUUUAUUGGCUGAGGGACCCAGUGUACAGCUUCCGGGUCAUGUGGCCAGCAUGACUAAGCCACUUCUGGCGAACCAGAGCAGCACACGGAAACAUCGUUUACCUUCCCGCUGGAGCGGUACCUAUUUAUCUACUUGCACUUUGACGUGUUUUUGAACUGCUAGGUUGGCAGGAGCAGGGACCGAGCAACUGGAGCUCACCCCGUCACAUAGGCUUUAUGGUUUAACUCACAGAGCCACCCGCGUCCCUUAGCACCUUAGAGAUCAACUAAGUUAGUUAUUGGUAUGAGCUUUCGUGUGCAUGCACACUUUUUAUUAUUUUAUUUUAUUUAUAUUAUUUUGUUUCGAUUACAGCAGACCAACACUGCUUCCUACCUGUAACUGGGAGCCGAGGGUGAGAGCUGAGUGCAGGGUGGGAACCAAAGAUCCUACCCCAGAAGGAGCAGGACGUGUCCCUCACCAGAGGUACCACCCUCCCCUAACACCCCAUACAAAUAUUAGCUAUAUCAUAGCGCCACUUACUAAAUUUAGGGAGAUCUGACUCCUUAAAGCUGCAGCCUUAAACUCACCCCACCUCCCAUCAAAUCGAAGUCAAUCAUAACCCCUGCAGCUAAGUUUAGAAUUUGCUCCAAAGGCAGAAACCACAUUUCCUUUGCUACUUCCCCCCUCCCCCUUUUCUUCUCUCCCAUUUCCCACCCGCCUUCCUCAAGCUCUCUUAAUACUACUGUCCUAUUAUUACUCUCCGCGGGCGUGAUGCAGAUGGGUCGGGGGAGAGGCGGGAGGAAGCGAGCGAGCGAGAGCGAGAUAGAGAGGCGGCGGCAGAGGGUUUAGGCCGGCGAGCGGAACCCCGAGCGCAUCGAUGAAGGGGUGUCUCCUUUCGGCGGUCGACUCACUCCGGCCCAGGCGAGCGGGCUCUUGAGCCGAGUCAGCUGUGGGAGCGGAGCGGGCGGCGCUUGCCACCAUCUUUGGCGGAGAGGGGCUGCGGUCGCGCGAGGGUCCGGCACACAGGUACUCCCACCCUCCCUCCCUCCCUCCCUCCUUCCGCAAAACUUGGGCUUCUCCGGCCGGGCUGGGCAUGGCAGGAGCGCGAGCCCCGAAGAGGCGGGUGGGAACGGCUUCGACGGGGACGCUGGCGCCUCUCCCAGCAGCUCCCUGUCAAAGCGCCCCACCAGCCAGCCAGGACCCCGUCUCUCCCUUUUCGGUGCGGCGGCUUCCCGGUGGGCAGAAGGGAAGCAGACCCGUCCUUAGCGGUGCCCAAGUGCACUUUUAUUUCUCCCUUUAAGUAGCGUUGCAAAAGGGGCUGCACACGCACACGCGCCCGGUCCGCUGCGUGUGUGGUCGGGGGCGAGGGCAGUCUGCUGCUGUCCCGCCGCACCCACUCACUUCCAGGGGGUCAGGGAGCAACCGGGGUUGGCGUCUGUAUGUUUGUGUGUGUGUUUAAAAAUCCUCCUGCUGUACUUCCUUCUUGGCCGCGGAGCCUGCGUGGGCGGGAGGAGCGACGCUAUUUCUCCCCCGGCUCAGCUUCCCGACCACCACCCUCCUCUCCUCUCGGUCGGUGGGUUAAAUGCCCUCUCCUUUCUCUGAAGUGAAAAAUCCUGCUUUCCCCUGUCCCACUUUCUCUCUCUCUUUAAUCCAGUAAAGGAAGAGGUAGGAUCCCCCACCCCACCCCCAGCUCUUUCCUCUCCUUCCCUGUAGUGAAAUCUGUGGAAUUCCCUGCCACUGGACUGUCUCUUUUAGGUGGCUUGAAAAUGGGGUUACACAGGUCGGCUAAGGACUGAUCUGUCGCGGGCUGUUGGUCCUUAUGGCUUCUACUUGGACACAUUCCCAAGUUCAGAGAUAAUAUGCUUCUGAAUGACACAGCACCUGGGAAGCAGCAGCACGAAAGUAUUGCCUUCCUGUCUUGUUUGUCAGCUUUCCCCAAAGGUUGGCUGGUGCGCAGGAACAGGGUGCUGGGCUAGUCUGGCCUUCUGGCUGAACCAGCGGGGCUGUUCUUGUUUUGUGCUGUUUCCCCCCUAAUUUUUGUUUGGGGAAGAGUUGUAUGUAGCACUUGUGGUAGAGCAUCUGCUUUGUAGUUUCAUUCUCCCCCAGUUCCAGGUAGGGCUGGGAAAGACCCCCCCCCCCUUCUGAAAUUCUGCAGAACCACUUUCAGGUGUGAGACAACUUCCAAAGUUAUUUAGAGGCAGGGGUCUGUUUUUAUGCCUCUGUAACUCAGUAAAUCUACUGCAAAACCUACAGUGGCACAGUACCAAAAUGCCUCAAAAUUAUGAUCAUUGUUUUGUGACAAUUUGCUUGGUCCUAGUAAAAGUAUUGCCCAACUUUGGAUUCUGCAGUUGUUUGUCUUAUGGGCCAGCAUGGCUAUAUUUGUUACUCAGUAAAUGCAUAUAUCGUCAUAUAACUUGACAGUGCUGUGUCAGCAAUAAGAAGAACCUGGCUUAACUUGCACAGAAUAUGUAUGCCAAUAUAUAGACACCCAAAUGGAAUAUAUAAACGUAAGCAACUAUCUUAUAGUAGAAUGGACCACAAUUGGGCUUAUAGCCUUUCCUCCUUCAUGUGUGAAUGUCUGAAAUGGAUCUGGUGCAAGCAGAUGUUGAGGGUGAAUCUUAAUAUGUAUGCCUCUGUCCCUCUCCUAAUUUAAGCUCACUUACUUUCUUGUGAAUGUGUAAAUAGGGCUAUAAUGGAAUAUGGGAUGUACCGUACAUGACUCCAUGUUGGAAAGAAGCUGCACAUUAUCCUGUGUGCUGAAUCAGGUGUAUGGCUUCAGGAGAUGGUUUUUGUAUAAUUUCAGCAUUCAUCACUGAAUGCAAACUAAUAUUUUUAUGCAUAUAGGUGCUUUUUAUCUUAAAAGUAUAAACAGUUGUUGAAUAUCAACAUUGACUUGCAGCUGUCUGUUUCCUUGGCAGGCAUCAGCUUUUCUUCAUUGGAGUAACAUGUUUUAUUUGUUAUUGAUGGAUCUGAAGUACAUGUGAUUUAGGCAAACACAGGGGCAAAGUUUGUUUCAGUAUAGCAUUUGGAAGUGGCUCUUACUAACAGUGUCCUAGUUAGUAAACAUUUCCAAUCUGAAAAAAUUACCAUCAAAUUCUAGUAAUUUUGAUACUGAAUUAAACAAAAUUUAGAAUUCCUCUCUAGUUCAAAGUGUAUAUGGUAUUAUUUCCCAUUCAAAGAAAACUGUAUGUUUAUUUAUGGAUGAGCCAUUUCCUAACAUGCUACCAUACUCAGUAUCCAGAGCUAAAUAUGGGGCUAUGCAGGUAUUGAUUCCUUACUGGCUAGUGUCUCCAGAAGAGCAAAACAAGUUAAGUCCCCACCACAAUGGUAGCCAAUUGUUUGUUUUCCUUUUUGUUAUGAUAGCUCUGGGAAAAUAUGCUGUUGCAGUAGAAAAGUAUGAUGGUAGUUGCAGAACCUGCUCACACUUAGCAUCUCAGUCACUGUCAUUAGCAACACUACUGGGAUCUUGAACAUCUUUAACCUUCUAAAAGUAGAUGCAGGGUUGCAAGAGAUGAGAGCAAUGGGUUCCUUAGCUCCUUCACUUAAUAAGCAAGCAAAGCAAUAAAAGUAAUACCCAAGUGCCAAGUUGAUGAGGAAGAAAAGUGAACCUUCUGGUUUGACAGAGGUUCCUUUCCUUCUACUUGGGGUUUGGGGGUUAUAUUUGGUUUGAAGAAACAGGUAGAUGGGCAUUGUGCCACCUGAAGCAUUGGCUUGAAUGCUAGAUUGGAAGGUGGGCAGUGAGAUUGGCAAGAACUCUCUUUUUGCAGGUCAAACUUGGCAUGCCUUUUUCCUAGUAGUGAUUCAUGAUCAUGUGUGUAUGCAAAUGUGUGGUGAUUUAAGAUACAUAAAGAAUGGAUUUUAUUUAACCACAAAGUAGGUAUCAUAAUUGUAAAAGCAUGGUUGUGUAAUGGUUAAAAAAGAGAGACUAAAAUGUGAUUGACGUUAAUUUGAAUGCUGAGAACUUCAGAACUAAUGCCAAGUCUUCUUACUUAUUUAGACAUUUGACAACUAGUUAUACCAGUAGUGCUACAGAGAACACUUUGAUGCCAGCACAGUAACAUAUCCAGGUAAGAAUGAAACAAUAGAGAUUUACAAAAUCAGUUCAUAUUGUCUGAGCACGUUACAGUUUUAAUAUUCAGCACAUCACUUUCUUUAAUGUAAUUUGGGCAGAUAGAGCACGGUUUGAGCACUGAAGCUUGAGGCUUUGGGAAAGAGAACAAUUCCUUUUAAAUCGUUAUAAUAACAUUUCGAUGUUGCUGCUAUGAAACCCUCCAUCUGUGUCUCUCUUAAUUAGAAAGAUAGUCGGUUAUAGAUGCAGUUUACACUGCCGGUUUACAAGUCAGACACUCAGAACUGGUGAUGAAAAAUAUCCCUACUGGCUGAACACUUAGACUGCAAUCCUCUACUUGCUUACCUGGUAGUAAGCACCACUGAACUCAGUUCCAAGUAGACAUGUAUAGAAUUAUGCUGUUAGGUUCAUAUAAUAUGAAAUAUUUGAAAGAUAUUUCAAAUUCAUAUCUUUGCAUAGAAUGAAUUUAUUUACCUUGGUCCUUAAUAGACAAAAUAGUGCCCUCUUUAUUGUUGAGCUUUCAAUGGACUAUAGGUGGAACCAAUAAAUCCUUAUGGACCAAUAUGUAGUUAACUACCUCGUCAUUUUUCAGUAGCAAAGGUUUCUUUAAGUCUUGCAAGUAUAGAAGGCUGCAGAAUUGUUCAACCAGUUGCUAUGGUGGUGCCAUGAUUGUGUACAUUAUCCCUCUGUGAGGUCACCAAGGCAUCAUGAACAAGGAUUACUGGCAAAAAUGAGUCAGCUUUUCAAGGUUGUUGACCAACUUUAACAAUAUUUCAUGUUUCAUUAAAUUAAGAAUAGAUGUUAAGAUAUUGAUUCAAAUUUGUUGAAAGUGAACAUACAGAAUGGAGUUAAAACCUAUGCAAUUAGAUGUGCUCAGACAUGUUAACAGAACGUUUUUAUGAGUGUUGAUUUACAAAAAUUGGCAUGAUUCAUAACAAAUAGUUACUAAUUUGCUGUGUUUUAUUAUUUUCCUUUAUAAAUGGUAAAUAUGCAUUUCUUUGAAAAGAGUUUUAUUAUAAUGCAAUGAAUCUACUAGUGCAGUAAAAGGAAAAAAAGAUAUGAAAAUAAAGUGGCAUGUCAUAGGACUCUGGUUGAAGUCAUUUUUUAUUUCAGCGGUGAGCAAAAGACACUUGCAAGCUCAAGUGUGUCCAGUAUUCUGCCAUACAGUACAUAUUGUGUAUUAAUACAUCCUGGAUAAUCUAAUCCUAUAAUGAAAGGGGUGAAACAUUUAACAGGUCAACAUUUUAUAAAGCAUUACUAAGCACAGUUGCUAAGGAUUGGUUUUUCUUUUGGUUUUUUUCCAGAAACAUCACAAACCCAUAGAUAAAAAAAUAUGAUCCUUGAGAUAUGUCUGUCAGUUCAAGAGGUGAGAAAUAUAUUAUCAUGCCAUGGCUGUUUUUAAGAAUGUGUUUUCACCAUGCAAUAGCUGUCUACAUUAAAAAAGAAAAGAAAAACAUGCAUUAAAACCUGUGGCUCCCACCCUCCAAAAUGAUGAGACCUGAAACUCAGUUUUAUAGUUUCCUUUAGUCCUUUGAUUCAGUUUUUAUAUAGGUACAUUACUACACUACGCUAUGUUUCACACAAGGUAUAUUUUAUUCAUUAUCGGAAAAUGAUUUUGAGGAGUCUUAAGUUCUCCUAUGUUGUUAUAUUUCUCUCAGGUUUUUUUUUUUUUUUAAAAAAGCUGUAUCUGUCUUGGCAAACAUCUGUAAAAAUCUUUAAAGUAUUAUUUCUGAUAGCGCUCUGUCUUGCUGUCUCCGUCCAGCAUGGUUUGUGGGCUUGACAUGUUGCACUCUGAUGUCAUUGUUGUUCAAAAGCUUCUGCUCUCCAUUUCUGCCUGAAACAGGAAUUUACAGUCCAUCUAUGCUUCAUUUCUGCUGCCCUUUACUGAGCUGCGGCUGCUGUAUUAUGACUGAGGUUAUUGGUGUUGGGUAUGCUUUGUUUUGUUUUGACUUUCACGCUUGUUUUACACAGAGCCAGCCUUCUACACACACUGCUGACUAUCUUAAGUGAAGGAUGUGGGGAAUACUUUGAUUGUGGAACAGGUGUGUGCAUUAGCUCAAAUGGCAAACAUAAAGCCUGGUGGCAAAGUUAGGAAAGCAUAGUCUCUUUAUAGCCCUUGACACCCUUUAUUUCUCUGUUUUUUCAGGAGGCAGCCUUCACCUUAACAUGAUGCCAUGAAACUUGUCAGAGUCCAGCUAUUAUUUUAACUUUAAAAGGUUACUGAGCAGGUAUGGAAAUUGUCCCGUGUAUAGCUAGUGAUACUUAGCAUCUUUAUCCAAACACAUUGUUAUCAAUGCAGUCAAACCUCGUUUUGCGAACAAGAUCCAUUCCAGAGACCCACCCGCAAGCCGAAAAUGACGUACGUCGAAGUGCCGCAUCUGCGCAUGCGCGCAGCGUGAUUUAGCGCUUCUGCACAAGCAGCGAACCCGGAAGUAACCCAUUCCGGUACUUCUGGGUUUGCUGCGGAAGUUCACUGAAGCGGAUGCAAGUGGAGGUGGAUGCAGAACAAGGUUUGACUGUAUAAUAAAGCAAACACGGAUUAAUUCCAUUUCUUCUGUCAAACAAAACCUAAGAUAGUUGUGACACAAACAUAGGUGCUGGCUCCAAUGGUGGUUGUUUUUUUGGGGGGGGGGUGUUUUUUUGAGGGAGCUAGGAAUUACAACUAGCAGAUUUAUUAUUUAAAAGCUUAUUUUGUCAGCUAGUUGACAAAUCCCACUUUGUGACCUCAUUCGCAUAUGACACAGUAAGCCAGAUUAUGGUUUGUAGUCAUUUUGUCCCUGCCUGCUCUUUUUUAUUCUCUCAUUGUUCUGAGCUAGGUCAAGGUAUGACUUAGCAUGGCCAAACCAGUGAUUGUGCUUAAGCUGUUUCCUUGCUAAACAGGAGCUGCAGCCAAGAACAAAGCCAGCCCAGUGUAUUGUAACAGUAUAGUUUAUAAAUGUGACUUCAAAAGCCCACUUCCGUCAGUGAUUCCAUUGUUUUGCAAUUGGCUGUAAUCCUAGUAUAAGUACAAGGGCACAAGUAGACCUCUCUUUUUCUGCUAAAGAAACACCUGCUCCCAUGCUUACCUGCCUGUGCCUUUCUUCCAAGUGCCCCACACCAUCAAAAGUGAAAACUGAAAUCAGCUUGGGGCCUGAAUGCUGGUGGUGCCUGAAUCUUUCCUUUUUAUGGUUUUUUUUAAAACACUCUGAGACCAGGGCCCAACCCCAGUGGUAAAACAACAUUCCCAUGGAUUGACCACGUUUUUAACAGAAACAUUAGCUGAAAGAGUAAUAGGCCAGUUGUAAUAAACGGCUUCCUGUUUCGUUCCUUUGGAUUGGUUAUUAGUUGACAUUUUAGCUGUGUCUUAUUAUUUGAGUUUGUGUCCCAUCCAGAUCUGGAGCACAAAGCCUGUUGCCCACAUAGUUUUAAAAAAGUAUUUAUUUAUUUAUUUAUUGCUGCCAUAGAUUACAAAUGGUGUGGAUUUUUAUCAUGAACCGGAUGAACCCACAGAGCAGUUCUCCCAGUCAGCGUAGGCGCAUGGCUCUUGGAAUUGUCAUUCUUCUCCUUGUUGAUGUGAUAUGGGUUGCUUCUUCUGAACUCACUUCGGUAAGUGUGUCUUGGGGCUCAUCCACCCCUCUUUACCUUUGCUCUGCAUUUCUAGGCACAGCUCCAGGCUGUUUUACUUGUGAAAACCUGCUCUUUACUGCUGAAUCAGAGCAAACAGCAAUCUGUGGAAAACUCAAAUUGUUGUUUGCUCCAAUUCAGCGGUAAAGAUCUGCUAUUCCUGGGGAAAGUGGCAGGACAAAAAGAUAAAACUUUCGGACACGAACCGGGAAAGCGCAGGCUUGUGGCUAGAAAGCGCGGGGCAAAAGAUAAGUGUGGACAAACCCUUUUGUGAUGUCAGAGUGUAUUCACCUUAAUGUAGUAGCCAAGCAUGCUCAAGGGAGAGCAAUUAACACUCACUCCAUUAACUUUGUACAGUGAUCUUAGUACUUGCUUGCUAGAAGCAGGUUGACUGGUUCUGGGUGAGCAGCUUUUCAUACCUGACUAGCUACAUUUCUGGUCCUGCCUGAAGCCUUUCCCAGCAUUUAUGCUGUCACGAAUUAUAAUUAAAUUCAAUUAAUCUUGCCAGUUCUGUUUCAUAAUUCCAAAUCCCCUAUAAGUAUGACUUUUAAACAGCAAACUCUUAACAAAACACAGUCUUCCAUAAAUAUGCUGGGGCCCCAAUUUUUCGGGCAGGAAUUCCUAAACUGGAGAAGAAUUGUAGCUUUCAGGGGUUCCUACAAUAAUAUGAAGCUGAAUAAAAAUGUGUGAAUAGGUGACAGUGUAGAGAUGAAGACAUUCAUACAUCCUUUUGAUUGGAUACAGAAAUUACUGCCUUAGGGUAGCAGUUCUCUCUAUAUGCUAAAUCUCUGAAGGUGGGCUUAGCAAAGUUUAUGGGGACAUCCUUAGGAUGUCUAUAUCCAUUAAAGUGAAAAUCGAUACUCCUCUAGCAGGCUAGGGCAGCAUACAUGGGAUUAUCUCAUUUUUAUCUUCACACCCACCUUAUGAUAUAGUUUAGAUUGAGAGAGAAGUGAGAGGCUCAGAGUCCCCCACUGAGAUGUGUGUGGUAAUUUAAGCCCAGAAUUGUCUAAGUCAGAGAGUCAAUUCCCUAAAACCAGGGUGGGCAGCCUGUGACUCAGGGGCCAUGUUUGCUUCCUGUCUUCAUUUUAUGUAGCCCCCUACAGGCCAAUUUUUCUUUCCACCAGAGUUCCUUCCUUCAUGCUUUGUUGGAUCCUUAUUUUCACUGGCUUUUAAAAAUGGUUGGUCUCUGUGCCUAUGUAGUUUCAGAACAAUUGGAAGAGAUGUUAUUCUUUUGAUGAAAAUAAAACUGGUGUGUUUUCAUUGCUUUGCUUCCCUCCCUGAUUGUGUGGUUUGAAGAGCGCAUCGGCAAGCUUCUCUCCCUUUUCUCUGCAGCCUGAUGGAAUGGCUGCCCAUAGGUGAAAACUGAUUUUAGUUUCAUCAUUCGCUGACAGCAGAACACAUUGGUAGGGUUGUGCUGAGUCGGAAAGGGGUUACUUUCAAUUCCCACAUAUAUAGGAGGAAACCUACAUAUGUAGUUAAAAGUAACCCAAUCAAACCUGUGAGGUUUACAUCUGAAUAGACCAGUAUAAAUUUGUUAUCUUCAUCAGCUGCAGAGUGGAGGGAAAGAGGCGAUUCCAUCACACCUACUGAGCGACUAGCUGCCUUUUAGCUUACCUAGCUGUUCAUCAGGCUACCUGAACUGUUUCCAUCUUCAUUUUGGUGCCUCCCAUAUCCCCUUUGUGUCCUGACUUUCAAAUUGUAAGCCUAAGGGUGGGAGCGUGUUUUACUGCUGAUUUUCUUAAGUUACUUUGGGAGCAUUUCGAGCUGCGAUGGGGUGUGUUUGUAAAUAUUUUAAAUAUUUUUUUUAGCCAGAGUAGUUGACCUCCAAGCAGCUUGUGAGUUCCUCCUGUUUUCAAAGGACUGUGGUCUUCCCUCCCUAGGUGAGGGGAACAGCUACAGAUGUUUUGUAGCUUUUCUGUAUAAAUCUGUAUUUCAGAUUUUGGGAGCAGGAUAGUAUUGCAAAGUCUGUCUCUCAUUUAGCCUCUGAUGCAGUCAGGUAGGUUGCAAGCUGCCAUUCCUGCGCAGGACAACCCACUGCUCUUAUCAUGUCCCUCUGUACUUCCUCCCUUCCCAGGAGUUAAUGCUCUUGACAUCAGCUGCCAUGCAGAAGGUUCCACCUUAGCUUUCUAUCUGCUUUCUAUCUAACAUAGGUAGUCAUUGGAAUGCCAUCUUCCCAGGUCUGUCCUUGAAUCUAACCCACAGCAGGUAAAAGUUGUAGGAGGCCAGAAGCCUCAUACCAGAACACCAUACUGCCAUGUGCCAGAACAGCUUGCCACCCCCAGUUGUUAGCUCUUUUAGCUGGUGGUGUAGUGGGCAAUUCUGAGAUACGCACCCAGGAACACUGCAUCUCUUCUCUUCCUUUUCCAGGAUAUGUAGCUUUUUCUUGCUUGAACUACACCUCUGCUCUUUGUAUAUCCAUCCACUGCAGGGGGCUAACUGGUGGACUUCCAGAUGUUGUUGGACUCCACUUCAAUCAUCCACAUCCAGCAUGGCUAAUGUUAAUGGUGGAUGGGAACUAGUCCAGCAACAUCUGGAGGACCAUACGGUAGCCCUUCCAUGGUCUGUGACGGUCAAGAAAUUGGAAGUAGUACCCAAGAGUUGAUCAGUAAGACUAUGCUGGUCAUAUGACAUGUCUAUCAUUUAACCUUCUUUUCCUUCCCUUUGCAGUAUGUUUUCACUGUGUACAAUAAGCCGUUCUUCAGUACAUUUGCAAAAACAUCCAUGUUUGUUCUUUACCUCUUGGGAUUUAUUGUUUGGAAACCUUGGAGGCAGCAGUGCACACGUGGCCUUCGCGGCAAACAUGCGGCUUUUGUAAGUGCCUAUUUUCCAUUUAAUAAUUUUGCCAUCACUUUGGCUUCCGUAAAUUACACAAAAUCAAAGCUUAUGUUGGAGAGGGAAUCCUGCAUAAAUUAGCAUAAGCUAAACCCCCAGAUGUUCAGUGAGCAAAAUAAUGCUUUCAUUAGUCUAACAUUUCAAAGUGAAUCAUUGCAUAAACAGAAGCAUUAAUUGCAUCAGUAAUGCUUCUUAGUGGAAUUGAAAUGGAAUAAAUGAUAUAAAAUUUAAGAUGUGCCUAGAAUCAGUAUUUGGACACGUGGCUUAUAUUUUUUGCUAUGUUCUGCCAGUUUUGAAAUGUUUUUAUUAACCUAUUUAACAAGAUGUCAGUAAAUGUUUUUGGGGGUUUUGGAGAUUUCUCUUGAACUGGUCUACAAAGAUUCAGCAGAGUUUUCUCUUUUGAUAAAAGACAGUGGCAGUGGUGGUGGUGAAUGAAUUCUUUAUCAGACCCAUUUUUCAUGCUUUCCAAAUGGUAUUUUAAAAGCUGGGAAUUGGUUAGCUAAUCCAUGUUUCUCAACAAGACAUAGCCAAUUCAUCACCCUUAGACUCUACUAGUGAGCUGGAAGCAUUUCUACCUUGGCUGAAGAGUGCUUUCUUGAUGAACAGAGAACAACACAGCACAUGAAUGUGGAAACCCACUGCAAAUCCUUUGAUCUUUGAUGGAAUAGUUGGGAUCCCACACAUUGACCGGGUUUGCACAACACACAGUAACCCAAACUAUGGCUUAUCAUGACCACACAAGCAUGCCAGCUUCCAGAGCAGAGAUUAUGCCCUCCUCCCUGUUCCCUUUUACUGCCACUCUGAGCUAAUGGUUUGAUAUAGCAUGUUGUCCAAAGCAGGACUCGUUCUUAAGCUCUCUGCUAACCAUAAGCUUUUGAAGAUGGGGAAGGUUUUGAAGAUGGGGAAAUCACCUUCCUCCUCUGGUCUGUUUUUAACAUUUUGGAUUGGACAGGAAAGCUGGGAGCACAGGAAAAUGAUAGGUGCUGUGUUGUUUUCCUAUUCCUCUCCAAUUUGAGGGCUGAUGGACAGAAUAGUAAAGGGUACAGUGUGAAAGUUUUAGGUAAACAAGGACUUCAAAAGCCCUCUUCCUCAGUUCUGGCUUGUGGUUCCCAAAUAUUACUUAUAAGGUCUGAGAUUGCAGAGUGAUCUUGUGAAAGUUUGACUACUUAUAGUUAGCUCUUAAGUUGUUUGAAGAGGAACUGUUCAAACAGGAAGCUUUAAUGUUUUAUAAAACUAGUUAUUUUGUAUAGUUGCUGGACUAAAGUUAAUUCAGGCUGCCAACUAAUUCCUGGAUAAUCAAUUGAAUUUUUUUUUUUUUUUUCCGACUGACCAUAAGUUUGGCUGGUAUUAAGCGUAUUCCAGAAAAUAGGUUAUGUGGGGAAAUCAUACAGCUGGUGGUUGGCAGUCCGUUUAAUCAAGAGAACCCUAUCACACUGGUUUUGUAGAACUAACGUGUUUCUCUGGCCCUUUCUUGGAGUAGGCUUCAUGCCAGAAUAGACUUGGCUUUGAAGCUGCAGCAGCUUGAAACUAGCCUAGCAGCAAGCCAAGGGGCAAGAAUGGAGAUGGAUCUGUUUUUUCUUCACUAGUGGGCUAGUCUUCCUGAGUCCCAUCUCACCUGAAGUUAUUGAUGACAGUGUCAUCAGUGUGAGCUCCCGUUGCUCUGUCCCAGCUCCUGCCAAACCUAGCAGUUCAAAAGCACGCCAGUGCAAGUAGAUAAAUAGGUACUGCUGUGGCGGGAAGGUAAACAACGUUUCCAGGAGCUCUGGCUUCCAUCAUGGUGUCCCGUUGCACCAGAAGUACUUUAGUCAUGCUGGCCACCUGACCCGGAAAGCUGUCUGUGGACAAACGCCGGCUUCCUCAGCCUGAAAGCAGGAUGAGCGCCACAACCCCAUAGUCUCCUUUGACUGGACUUAACCGUCCAGGGGUCCUUCACCUUUCUUUUUUUUAACUUCAGUGUGGAAUGUGUUGUUUUUACUCUACACAUUCAUUGUAAUGUCUCAGCUGAAUUUUAAAUGUUUAGUUUGCAGAUGCUGAAGGCUAUUUUGCAGCCUGUACAACUGACAAUACUGUAAAUAGUUCUUUGGUAAGUUCUCUCUCAUUUAAGUGAUUGUAAUGUUCUGUGCGGCAACAGUAGCAGACAGCAGGGUGGGACAGUGGGGUUCUUACCUGACCUCUCUGUAGAUCCAUUUGCACAGCACCAACCUCCCCACUGUCUUGUCCCUCCCACUCUCCUUCCCAGGAAGCAGCCGUGACCUACCUCCCAGGAGGUCAGAUAGGUCCUGCUGCCCCUCCCUACCAUCUACUACUGUGUGGUAAUAGCUAUUCAUGUCUUGUCUGUUUUUAAUUAGUGCUGAAAAUAAACACAGAGCUCUGAAUAAUGCCAUUUUAAAUAGGAACCGGAUUAGGGAAAGUAAACGUAUAUGGCAUGUGAGCAAAAAUGAAUCUUAUUUACUAGGGGAUGUUAUGCUUGGCCCAUGGAAUUAUUAAAUACAUGUGGUUCAAGCACUUCAGUCACUCAGUUAUAGUUAAACAUUGUUUGCCUAAAAUGCCAUCAUGUAAUGCAAGAUAAAGAUAUACACACACAGCCUUAUUUUUUCAAUAUGAAGAAUCUGUGGCAGGUAUAAAAAGCAGUGAAGUGCCCAGGUGGAAGAUUUCUAUGGCCAUGUUGCAUUAUCUUAAUUUGUCUGCAACUGUAGCCUAUAUUGUAUAGGCACUCUCUCAUUAAGUUGUGGCUGAAUAUCCAAAACAGUAGAAUCUAUAAGGCCAUCUUCAAAACACGUAGUUAAGCACAUUAUCUGUCCUUCCUUGGAAACUCAUUAGCAACAAUCAAUAAGGAGCAAAAAAAGGCAAAGUUGAAAUACUUGCGCCGGGCAGACAUCUGCAGCGUGGGGAGCCCUGCGGGAGUUCCCGCGGGGCUCCCCACGCUGCGGAUAGCAGCCUGCCGCCCGGCACGCAGGGUGCCCUGAAGCAGAGCGCCCCACGCGCCGGGCAGACAUGGGCCAGCCCCACAAGCUCGGGGGACAGCGGGGAGGCGCAGCGCCGUCAUCCCGCUGUUCCCCGACCUGGUUUUGGGGGGGAAAUAAAGGGGGGAAAUCCCCCCCCAAAAAAUUAGGUGCGUCCUAUGGGACAAAAAAUACGGUACCUAAAAAAACAAACCACCAAUUAGAGUUAAAGCCGUUAAUCCAUCAGUCCAAGGGAAUGUGGUACUCUGCUACUGGAAAUAUCAGAACAAGUAUUUGAAUUCUCCCACAUAUUUCAUUUAAAGAAGGAGGGAUACACAACAGGAUGUUUUAUUUACCUUAAAUGGUGAAAUGCAGCUCAUUUUCUUCUCAUCAUAUGUUCCUUCUUGCUCUUUUUGGUUAACAGUUUUAUCGCAAGUUAGCAACUUGUGCACAUGUACCUUGCAGUUGGUCCAGCUGUUUUGUACAUUGUUUUGUAUUUGUAUAUUGUAGUAUACAUUAAAUCAGUUUAUGUCCGCAUAUACUCAGUAAACAUACAUAGGAUUGCACUGUUAGUAAAUUUUAUUUUGGGGGGGGUUGUUAUUAUUUGGGUGUGUGUUUUUUAUAACUUAUGAUAACUUGGAACUCAUUAUGUUGCAUUUCAGAGUGAACCAUUAUAUGUUCCUGUAAAGUUUCAUGACUUGCCAAGUGAAAAAUGUAGCAACACUAACAGUGACACUGAAAAAAGUAAGUAAAUGUUUCAAAAUGUCAAAAUACAGUUUUCUGUAUCAACUGAUAAAUGUUUAUGUCAUGUUGAAAGUAUGAAAGCAACUUUUCCUGUGGUACCUAAAAACCUGUGUACCCACAUGGCCUGAAGUACAGUAUUUUCUAAAUAUGGUAACAGGUAAAGAUGCUCAGUAGUAAAAUAGAGAUAAUCAGUUAAGAUGCUUUUUUACUUUUAAUUUUUUUAAAAAAUCAGAGAAUUGACAAUUACAUCAAUGUUUGGACUUCAUGCAGAAGGCAAAUGCUAAAAUGAAUUGAUGAACACUGCAUUGGAGAAGGGAGCUUAUCCCAAGUUUAAUAUUUUUUGUGUAAUUUCACAAAUUCAGUGAACUUUUCAAAAUUCAGUGGAAUUUUGAAAAAAUGUAGCUCAUUAUAAUUUUGGGAAACUGAAACUUAGCAAAUGCAGCUUGCUAUUUUUGCAUGUUGGCACAAAUUGGCUGCAUGUUAUGGUAAGCCAUAGUUAAUAGUUUUUCAUAAACCCACAGAAGGCUUCCACUUCACUUCUCCCCUCUAGCUAAUGGCAGAAACAUACCACAAUCCCCGAUUUAGCACUAUGUCUGAACUGGUGCUUGUGGUUUGUUUCACUCAAAUCAAAGUUUGCUCUUGGUUAACAUCUAUAGCUUGUCUGAGCAAAACAAAUCCCCCACUUGGACAUCACACAAUGAUUGGCCAUUAUGUGCAAGGUGGGCCUCAUUCUCUUUGUUGCACAAUUUGAUAUUGUAUUUAUUACAAGGUGGCCAAACCAUUGUACAGUAAUGUGAACAUCCUACGACAUGACAGGUUCAGCCAAUUGCUGCCAGAGGCAUUACUGCAGCCUCAAAAUACAAUAGUGUGUUCUAAUAUAGAUUCUAUAUGUGCCCCCCAGUGUAUUGCUAUGUGGAUUUAAUCCUGAGAUUAUGUUGGUUCCUUUUACAUGCAUUGAACUGUAUGUGAUGAAUGAAAGUUGAACAACACAGUUCACUUGAAGCCUGGAAAAUCAUCUUUGCUGUAGAUCAGUUUCUCUAAGAAACAAGUACAUAGGCCUAGAAAUAGACUAACAGGAUUUUGUAACCAAUGGCUGUUCUAAGCCUUUGGUUGGUUUUACCACAAGAUGGUGUAGUAGCCAUACUUAAACUAGCUUAAAGACAAAGUUGUAAUAUUAAAUACUUAACUUUGCCCUUCUUCUGAGAACAUGUUUAUGGAAGGCAUCUUCCAUAAAAGAGAAGUAGCUGCACCCAAACUGAGGAAGCCUGGCCCGUUCCUUAAAUACAGUGAAUAUGUUUAAUGGCGAUAGAAACUCUUAAAGCCAUAAUUUUCAAUUACAUCUCUUCUUUUGCGCCAAAUGGAUAGUCCAUGUUCCUGACACACACAAACCAUUUUGCUCUCAUAAAACUAACUGUGCAAGUAGUUAAACAUGGGUUCAUACUCUGAAUUGCAAUUUGGGAGUCUUGGCCUUAUCUUGAGGAUUAUUAUUUUUGUUCCAAUCUGCUACGUAUAAUAAUGACCUGCACCACUCUUUUCCCCCCUAAAGCUCCCAAAAAGCCUCGUGUAAGGUUCAGUAAUAUUAUGGAGAUUCGACAACUCCCAUCAAGCCAUGCAUUGGAAGCAAAGCUGUCUCGUAUGUCUUAUCCAACAGUUAAGGAACAGGAUUCAAUAUUAAAAGCUGUAGGGAAGCUUACCGCAUCUCAAGUAGCCAAAAUCAGCUUUUUCUUUUGCUUUGUGGUAUGUCACCUAUUCUUUAUUAAGUAUUGUUUCUAAAUAUAUAUUAUUGGGAAGUUGGUUAUUUUGUAUUCUGUUUGCCCUAUUAUUUAUAUUUUUAUUUUUGAAGGCUUGACUAAAAAUAGAAUGGAUCAUUUUGGGUGUUGAGCUAGUCAUUAUAUUUUGUUCAUGCCAUUUAGAGAAAGGGAUUAUCUUUGGGGGCUGUCUGCUCAUUAAUUAAUUGCUUAUAACUGAUUGACUUUAAUUGUGGUUGUUUACAAAAGACUUCACUACAGGUGACUUAUUGCAGGCGAGAGAGUUUACAAUUUAAUAAGCAGAAGCUGUCAUUCAUUAUUAAAAGUAAAGGCUAUCUUUAAUAUUUUCAUUCUCUGUUGCAAUAAUUCACCCAAAUGAAAAGAGCUUCAAAAAAUGUGAUUUUCACUUUCAGUUCCAUUUACCAACACUGAUUAAAAUUGGCCGCCACCAAUCAGGCAGAUUAAAGUUCCAGCUAUAAUACUUUAUCUCUAGCCACAUUUUGAAAUAAAAAAAAAAAUCUACUGCAUCUUACAUUCUAGAUGAUGGUUUUGAAUUUAAAGAUAAAAGAGACAUUGAAGUAUUUUCCAUUUCACCACUAGCACAGCAGUGUUAAAAAUUAUUAGCUUUAUAGAUUGGUGGGACAGACUCUUGUGACCUUUUGGAUCUAAAGCAGUGUUGCAUUUAGUUUCGAAGUGUAUUAGACAUUUAUAUGUACAUUUAGUUGAUUUUAGUAUUUAUAUAUAGUAUUUAGAAUUAGGAUGUAUAUUUGCAGACUUGAUUUGUUGUUACUUAACUUAUUUCAUAUGACUUUAUCUGGUAAAGUUGGGAAAUAUGUCUAGCAGUUUCCAAAGAGGAACUUGAGAGCCAUGGGACAAUCAUUUCUUUCAUUGUUUUCAACAAAUAGCAUGUGGUAUGAUAUGUAUGCAAUGUUUCUUUUGAACCACGGAGAAAUAUAGUGGCCUCAGUCCUGAGAAAGUUAGUAGCCCUUAAUUUAAUCAUGGCUUAAUUUGUCCCAUGAGACUUAAGUCCAAUUGAAAUGAAUGAACUUUGAGCAUAAUUUUCUCUUUCAGGUUUGGAACUAAUAUGUUGGUAUUUUGAUAGUUCCAAGCAUUUUAUAUGUCCAUUGUGUUCAAGGUGUUUUCAAAGCAACAACUAAGUGUCUGAAAGUAUGUGAACAAUCAUUGUUUCUUCUAGAAUGUUUAUCUACUUUUCUUAGCAGCUGCAAACCAUUACGACAAAAUUCAACAUCGUAUGAGCAGUUCUUCACUUGUGCAACAGAGCUUCCUCUCCUCCACCCACGCCCUCCAUCUGCUCCGGAGGAUUGGGGAUCCUCUGGAGUAGAUUUAGGAGGAUGGAGUGAAAUGUGAAUUCCCAUUGCAUGAGCGGAAGUCUGUCCUGCUUGUGCACACACCAUUGGAUUUCACACUUGGUAUAUAAAUAACCCGAAUUAUUUUUUCAUCUAACUGCCUAAGCCUUUCAUUUCCUCUUAAUAUAAAUUGAAUCCCUCCUACCUCCCAAGCAUGCUCUCACUAUAUAGGCAAAGACCUGAUUAACCUUUUGGGUUUAUUUUUAAUGGUUUGUGAGUUCCUUCUAACUUUUAAAAACUAACACAUGUUGUUUAAUCUCCUAGUGGUUCUUGGCAAACUUCUCUUAUCAAGAAGCGCUUUCGGACACCCAAGUGGCCAUCGUUAAUAUUCUGUCUUCAACGUCUGGUAAGAAAUGAAACUUACAGAAAAGACUGUUGAUACACUUAAUUUUAGCAACUACAAUUAAAUAAGCUUGAUCCAACUCAUUGUGUGUUUUAAGAAGGACAUUAUUCUAUAUUUUUGGUUGCAAAACUAUACCUGAUAAUUUUCUUUCUUUCUUUCUCCUCCCGCCCCCAAACUUCAAGUGUCUUUUUCUGUUAAAAAACCAACCAUGUCCCACGCUCAAAUUGUAUUUCUACAAGCCCAGAUCAAGUAAACAGAAUUUCCUCUAACAAUUUAUUUCGUUGCCAUUCUUUAAAAGAUGCCCUGAAUGUUUUCUAGAAAGUUUGGAUGCACAUUUUGAUAACAAUGAAUCAUUUUUUAAAAUGCUGAGUAGGAGGGGAUUCUGGUUAUGUUCUGAACAGUCCCCCACCCUCUGGCAACUCAGUAUUGGCUCAGCAUGAAAAGGCAACAGGAACAAAGGACUCCGAUAACACAUAAUCUUUAUUAUACAUGAACCUAGUAAGAGCUAAAGGAUUAAAUAAUUAUUAGAGAAACCACCUCAUGUAGUCAUGCAAUCUGUAUGCUAAAUAAUUAAUUGUGCUAAUAGGGAAAGUCUUCCUAAAUAAAACUUUGAAACAAAGUGGUUUCCAACUUAAGUUGGUUUUGCGGAGUCUCCUCUGAGAAUAAUAUUGGUUAUUGCCAUUGUGUUAGACCCAGGCUACUACCGCUGUGGUCUGAACCAUGUCUACUCAGAAGUUAGUUCUGUUUAAUUUAGUGGUGCUUACUCCUGGGUAUAAGGAGCUAGGGCUGCAGUCCUAACCUCACUUACCUGGAACUAAGCCCCAUUUAAUUUAGUAGGACUUACUUCUGAGUACACAUGGUUAAUAACAUUCAUUCAUUCAUUCAUUGAAUUUAUAUACCACCCUAUACCUGAAGGUCUCAGGGCGGUUCACAAUAAAAAUCACAAUAUAUAACAUCAAAAAUAAAAAUAAUCCAGUAACAUCCCCCCCCAAAAGAGCCUCCUUUUAAAAAGGUAUAGGAUGUAAGUUAGUAACAGCUAGAUUCCACCGAAAUUAAUGAAACUUCAGUUGGUUAACUUUGCUACAUUUAUUUCAGUGGGGCCUAAGUGAGACUAACUUACUUUGGAUCCCAAUCAAUUUUCUUCAGCAUGUUUUUCAGUGUGUUUUCAUCUGGUAAAGUAUUUCUUUGUAUUGUGUAUUCAAUGUUUUCCCCCCACAAAUCUUAAAUUCUUUCUUUUCACAGGAUUAUUUACCUUAAUCCUAGCUGCAGUGUUUCCAAGUAACAGUGGUGAUAGGUUUACCCUUUCAAAAUUGUUAGCUGUCAUUUUAAGGUAAGAAUAUAGACUCCUUAAUCUCCAAUUUUCUUCUCUCCUACAGGCUUGAAUUUUCUUACAUUCUUCUAGAUAGCUGGAUUUAGUAGUGCAGGUUUUGUCACUAUUUUUAGGUGCAGCAGAUCUUGAACAGCUGUAGGGGAAAUAAGUUUGCAGAAUGCCUGCUCAAAUGUUGCUCCUGUUCUGAAAGUUGGUCUGCCAAUAAUUGCUCAUAGCCCCAUUUUGCAACAUGUAACACAGGAUUAGAAUUGUCACUGAGUCCUAACCUGAGCUGCUUUGUGUUACUAUGGCCAGGUGAACCUUGUUAAAUCAGAUGACUGUGUGAAAUUAUCUAAUAUUAACUUUUCCAUAGGGCAUUUGGAUUGUCUAGUGUACUUAGUUAUGAAAAUGUUCACAUAUUAAAAUAGCUUAUACUUCAUCCUAAGGGCUUCUCUACACAUUCAGAUAUAUGUGUAUACUUUCUAUAAACAAGAAAUAUAAGAAAAUUAUAUUUGUUUUUGAUUAUCUGAACCAUUAUGAUGCUUUGCUUUUCAAAGCAUUGUUAAUCCUGGUUUAUAUAAUUCUGAGUGACAUAGCAAAGAAGGAAUACAAAAUAUUAAUAUACUUAUCUCAUAAUUAUAGAUAGGCAAUAUUUUUAAGUGAUUUCCACACAAAAUGUCUUACUAAACUCAGCUUGAACUAUAAUACUUUAUUUCUCAAAUAGCAUUGGAGGCGUUGUCCUUGUGAAUCUGUCUGGGUCUGAGAAAUCUGCUGGAAGAGAUACAAUAGGUACAUUUCCCAAAAUAUCUAAUUAUUGUUUAUUGAAAUAUCUGAGUAGACAUUACUGUACAUUCUUGAGACAGGAACUACAAGAAAAUACAAUAAUUUUUUUAUCGUAAUAUCAUGUACGGAUUGCAGUUGUAGAAGAAGCACUUUCUUUAUAAAAUAAUUUAGAUCAGUGGUGGCCAAACUUGGCCCUCCAGCUGUUUUGAGACUACAACACCCAUCAUCCCUAGCUAACAGGACCAGUGGUCAGGGAUGGUUGGAACUGUAGUCCCAAAACAGCUGGAGGGCCAAGUUUGACCACCACUGCUUUAGAUGAUAUCCACUGUCCUCCAAGGGAAUGUCUCUGAAUGGAAUGGGAAUUCUCCUUCUCCCAGCUUUAGUCCCUUGCAUCCUCUCUAUUCUAGAUUAUUUUGGGGAGUGCUCUAGAACAGAUGGUGUGGGGCCACAUAGGGAACUGUAGUCGGAAGUAGAGGAAGAUCCAUUCUGCUCAGGAUUAGAUUAGGCUGUCACCCUUUUAUGUUGUUUUGCAAUGCUUUCCCUUUUUGCUUCAUAUGGUUUGUUUGUUUGAAUAUAAAUGAAACAUCUUAACAGCAUGUCAACUUGUAAGAAAUUCAGUCCAUAGUAUAGCAAUUAAUACUUUUAUUUUAACACAAGUUGUGUGGCUUUCUUCUCCCCACCCCCAAUCUACAGGGUCCUUGUGGUCUCUUGUGGGAGCUAUGCUUUAUGCAAUCUACAUAGUCAUGAUAAAACGAAAAGUAGACAGAGAAGACAAACUUGAUAUACCAAUGUUUUUUGGUAAGAACAGAACUUGAAACAAUACUAUUUUCUGUUACCAAGUCUUGCUCACUAGGAUCCAGUUUUGUAAAAAUGUACAGGCAGCAACCAUUUUAGGCACAUCCACUUGAUGUGCAAUCACUGAUACGCAGGUCCUUUUGGACCCAGAAGAGGGCAGAAUUGUCACUGCCUUUUCCUUUAAGAAAACUUAAGGGCAAAUGUAGACAGGAUAUUGAAUUGUGUGAAUUGACAUGGAAUGCUUAUACAGCUCCUCUAGACCAGGUACAAUCUUAGGGUGUCUUUUCUGCCCAUAGUAGAAAGGAUACCCUACCCAUAAGUAUCUCCUCUUGUUCUAGCACACACUGCUAGUGAUGUGCUUUAAUCAAACAGUGAGGGUAUACCUAUUUUAAUAAAUAAAAUAUCUAAUUCCAGGUUAGAGGACUAUCCUAGCAAUUCUACUUAUUAAUUUUUUAAAAAAUUAAUCCUGUGAAUUUGAUGUGACGAUUAUCUACCAAAUGAAUCCUGUAAAGAGUCUGACAUACAUAUAUACUAAAGAAGUAGUGAAGUUCAAGAGAAGUUCACUACUGUAGAGAUACGCUUAAUUAUUUUGGUUUUGUUGCUAACACUUUAUUAUUCUGGGUUUUUGCAGGUUUUGUUGGCUUGUUUAAUUUGCUGCUGCUUUGGCCAGGUUUCUUUUUACUCCAUUAUACUGGAUUUGAGAACUUUGAAUUUCCCAGUAAAUUAGUCCUUAUGUGCAUUGUCAUCAAUGGCCUUGUUGGAACCGUCCUGUCUGAAUUUCUCUGGCUGUGGUAUGUGGCUAGCUCUGAUUCAUUGUUUCAUAUUAAUAUCAGGUUGCUAUUAAGGAGUCAACAAACGAGGCUGCAUUUUACCGAAAGAGCUAGGACUGUUUUUUACCGGGCACUGGUUAUUGCAAAAUACUGUGUUAAAAGUUAUCAACGCAGAUAUUGUUUGUCAUUACCAAGAAGCACUAAAUUUCAUUAAGUAGAAGAAAGACUAUGUAUGUAAUGCAGCGCUAAAAUUCCUGGCUCAAUAAGCCAUGAUAGGCAUGAGCCGCAUCUACCUGCUUAUCUCCCCCCCCCCCUUCACAUGAGUUGCAAGUAUGUAGCUUCCCAUGAUGUGCAAUUUGGGAACUAUGGUUAAGGUCAAACAAAUCAAGGUUAGGCACUAGCUUUGAACCAGAGUUUAAAGGUGAUGUAUGAAUCCCGACAUGUUUGCAGCCACUUAGGACUCAGCUUACAAGUCAUGCAAGGCUGUGCUUAAGAGCUAAAUCCUCUCUUUCUUUCUUACUCAUGCAACCAGAGUAGCAAAGGCAGGUGCACUCUGCUAGUGUAUAUAUUAGCUUAUUAAGGCAGGGCUCUGCUUGUCCAGAGCAAGUGACCAUUGACCCCCCCAGGCUAUUGCCAGAGUUCCCCAACAGCCAGUUGGGAGGCUUCCAGCACAACGCUGUGAAAUGUGCACUCUUUCUCUCUUUAAGAAGCCAUCUGAGUCUGCAAAAGUACUGUGAAUUAAACCGGGUACAUGUCAGUGCUGCGACAGCAGCAUAUGCAGUUCAGUUCUCAUUCUCCUGCCCAGUCUCAUUGCCAAGAAGUCUCAGUUCUUGGCUGGGAAAAGGUUCUAGGUGGUAGUAAUGGGAGAGAAGAAGAGCUCCAUGGAGAAAUAGUCAGAGGGAAAUAUGUAGGUGCUCUGUGUUCAUGUGCAGCUUUGAAUCUUAUCUGUUGUAUGUAGACAUUGUUGCAUAAUUUUUCUGUGAUCAUCAACCCUGAUCAUCAAGGGGCUGAAUAGUGCAAUGGCUUUUUGAUUACCUAAAAUAGUUUCCUUUGAAUCAAAUUGCGAAUGUCCAGUUUGUAGGAUCAAAGUCUCGGUAUCCAUGUUCACUUAGGCUGCAAACCUAUACCCAUUUUCCUUGUCCUUGGUAGGGCUUGCUUUCAAGUAGACACACUUAGAAUUACAGUGUUAGUCUCUCUCUACUUGAUGAAUCACUUGAUAAUGAAAAGUCAAAUGUGUGAACUGUCUAUAGUGAUUUGGUUUGUAUUGAAUACAGAUGAUGCAGGUAAAUAGUAGUGAGAUGCAUUAGUUAAUUGAUGAUGACUCAAAGAUGUGUGAGUCCUCACUUGAUUCUGGAAUCAUUAAGAGAACUGCGAUGGGUAGUCCAGUGAAAGACUUUAUUUCCUGUAAGACUAGUGUUGGAUUGGAAAUACAUUAUACAUAUUAACACUACUUGAGUUGGGCCACAGCUGGGAAUUAUGAUAUUUAUUAAUUUUUGAAAAAAUAGAUGAUUUCAAAGGUAAAAACCUGGAAUUUGUUAGUUAAAUUUGAAAACCAUGAGACUUGAGGUGUAGGGUAAGUGUGAAACUAUUGAGCUGGUCUUUCUCUAUUUGUCUUCUGAUCUUGGUGCAGUUUGUGUUCUCAGUUUUGUCUCCUCAGCUAAGUAAGGUUAUUUAGAGUUUCUUUGUAUUAUUAUCCGUUUUCCAAGUGCUUUGGCUUUCAGAAAUGUGUUUAGCAGGCCACAACAGGUCCACAAAUUAUGCUUAUCCAUGGUGUAUACAACAAUGAAACUUGCUUCUACACUUCCCCUGUUUAGUUUUUAAACUCAAGUGUUUUAUAUUUUAACAUUUUCUUAGGGGCUGUUUUCUUACCUCAUCACUGAUAGGCACACUUGCUCUGAGCCUUACAAUACCUCUGUCCAUAAUAGCCGAUAUGUGCAUGCAAAAGGUAAUGUAUUUUAUUAUUUUUAUUAUUAUUAAUGACAAUUGUAAGAACUGCCCUGGUUAGGACUCUUAGCAAUGUCACAUGACUAGGGAGAAUUAAAAUAGCUGUGGUAGGGAGAAAUAAAUUGUACUUAAUUGCAAUGUUCACUUCCUUAAAUGCAUCCUUCUCUUUUUAUAAGGUGAAAUAAGUAGGUGGCUUUUCUAAAAAAAAUGGAGGGGGGGGGAAUGUAAUGGGCACGAUCCUUGCAAGCUCACUGAUUACAUAGGGCAUAACAGAGGCCUGUUCCUUCCUUCCCCACCUAUCUAGACACAUAGAAGUGCCACCAGGGCAAUCCAGGACAUGAGAUGUCUGUGCAUGCCUCUCAUUGUCCUCCAAGCUCAUAUUUCUUGACAGAGCAAGGGCUGCACGAGAAUGCGGGAGGCACACAUGGGCCACCCAUUUUCCAGGUUUCUGGGUGCCUGCGUUUGCAGAGCAGGGAAAUGGAGCUCUAUUGUCUCUUUCUAAGCCUCUCUGCACAAGGCCAUGGAACCUGCUUGGUCACUGAACCAGUGAUUAAGCUUUUGAGUCUUUAUAUACCUUCUACAAAUAAAAGACGUUUCCUAACUUGCUAGAAGUCUGUAUUAUGGGAAUUAGAUCCUGAUUAGGCGGGUAGAAGGUCUGUAUAAUUUUGUAUGGGUUUAGAAGCCUCAAAGGCAGGCAUAGGCAAACUCGGCCCUCCAGAUGUUUUGGGACUACAACUCCCAUCAUCCCUAGCUAACAGGACCAGUGGUCAGGGAUGAUGGGAGUUGUAGUCCCAAAACAUCUGGAGGGCCGGGUUUGCCUAUGACUGCUCAAAGGUCUUCAAAGGUUUGACUUUUCAUAGAAAACCCAAGAAUGUUGGUGGUUCUAGUUAGAAUAACAGGAGUUAAAAGUGCAUUAAGAGUUCUUUAAAUGGGAGUAAAUAGAGCAUGACGUUGGACUGUUAUGUCCGCAUUGCAACAUGUCUCCAUCAUGGUCAAACUAUCAUGUUAUUGCAGAGGUUUUAGGCAUGCUUGCUCUUGUAGUUGCCAAUGAAAGCCUUGCUGGAAACAUGCUUUGACUUUAUCCUUCAUUGCUGAACAGAAUAAGAAAUGGUGCUAUAGUAGUUAGGGGUAUUUGUCCAUGAACAGUAAGUUGAGUUAAGUUACCAGCUGUCAGAAAUAAGAUUACUUUUAGAUACAGUUCAGGUUUAAUUCUACAGCAGGAAGGAUUUUAUUGAAUUCAGGUAGUUGUUGCUGUUUUUCAAGUAGAGGUGCAGAGAUCCUAUAGGAACAUGGGUAUUUUGACAAAUGAAAAUACUCUAUCAGUAUGUCAGGGACGCAGCAGGAAAACUGUUUAAGUAGAUGGCAUGAGAAAUACCUAAAUUACUUGAUGAAUGAAGCAUACGGCAGGUUGCAUUUUAGCCUGUCACAGUGGAAGUGUUGUCUCGUUUUCAUAUUCAUUUUUAAUGCUGGUAGAAUUUGCCCUCGUUGUGACACUUUCAUUCUAAAGUGAGACAUUUCCAAUAUAGUGUGAGAUUAGCAUUUGAUGCAGCUACUAGUCUCAGCUGCUAACAAUGGCUUUGGAUUGAUGUCCAAAUAACUUGCACAAUUCAGACCCACAAAUUAAAUAAUUCACGCUUCUUUCUGCUGUAUCCAAUGCUGAAAUGCUUCUGAUCCCUAGUAUACAAUGUUUCUUCCUUUGUUUUUUACCUUUCCCCUACCCACUGGCUUUCAGGUCCAUGAACUACAAAACAGGUUUUCCCACUUAUGGCUCUGUGGAGCUAGGUGGCAGUAGCAAAGUCUUGGCAUUGCACGAUGUACCUAGCAAGAAGGAAGCAGCAACAAAGAAAGAUGGAUGCCUGGGUGGAAAAUUGGCACAAAACUCUUUCUUCUUCACAGUGGCUGUGUUUGGACGUAUUAAUGAAAUUCAGUUUAUUGUUCCAGGAAUGAGCUGCAGCAAGCUUAAGGCUUGCACACUCUUUCUUCUCUGCUCCAGCAGGUAGAGGAGAUUGAAUUUGGCUUGAUUCAACAACCAUAGUUGAAAUUAACUGAAGUUUAACUUUGGUUAAUCAAAACUGGAAGCAAAAGCUUUCAAUCUUCUCGUGGCUGAUUUGGGGGCAGUUCCUGGUCCAGCUGCAGCUCCCCAUGACACAACCCAAGCUCUUGAAACGGGGCCCAUGUGCUUCAGUUGAGACAUUUGGAGGGCUCUAAACCACUGAGCCUCUUGGGCUUGCCGAUCAGAAGGUCAGUGGUUCGAAUCCCUGCAACGGGGUGAGCUCCUGUUGCUCAGUCCCAGCUCCUGCCAACCUAGCAGUUCGAAAGCACUCCAAAGUACAAGUAGAUAAAUAGGUACCGCUCUGGCAGGAAGGUAAACAGCGUUUCCGUGCACUCUGGUUUUGGUGUUCCGGUGCGCUAGAAGCAGUUAGUCAUGCUGGCCACAUGACCUGGAAAACUGUCUGUGGACAAACGCUGGCUCCCUCGGCCUGUAAAGCAAGAUGAGCACCGCAACCCUAGAGUUGUUUGCGACUGGACAGGGGUCCUUUACCUUUACUUUUUAGAGGAGAAGGAAGAAAACUAGUUGUGUGAAACAGCCUUUCAACCUUUUGGGAUGCAACCAAUAUUUUUUUAAAAAAUUGAUGAGUCCAACUUUUAAUCAAAUAUGUGUAAAAAUUAGUUGAUUGCAACACUUGGGCUUCUGAUUUUGUAAACUGGGUAACUUCAUUUACUUGCAUAUAAAUAGUGUAUGUGAUAACAUUGGCAGCCGUUCCAAAUAAAGUGCCAAUAUGAGAUGGAUAUUCCUAUUACUGUGUUUUAAAACCUCACACAGAUCUACUCCAUCUAGGAAAAUGUUUUCCAAGAUUUCUGUAAUGACCAAAUACCUUCUUCCUUUACUCCACUUUUACUAUUGGUGGAAUAGCAAAUUGAUAUUUUAAAAGCAAAAUGCUAUCCUUGUUCUAAUUUCAGGUCCAAUUUUCUUGGUUAUUUUUUGCCGGGGCAAUCCCUGUAUUCUUUUCAUUUUUCAUUGCAACUCUCUUAUGUCACUACAACAACUGGGAUCCAGUGAUGGUGGGAAUUAGAAGAGUUUUUGUAUUCAUUUGCAGAAAACACCGUAUUCAGAGGUGGGAUCAUUUCUUUACAGCUUUAUCUCUUUCCAUUCCUACUGGACUUAUUUUGAUGCAUAUCUUUAUUAUUCCUUUGUUUUGCCACUGUUGAUGGGGGGGCAGGUGAAAAGGCGGUUAGGGCACCUGCACUUUUAAUAGUUAUACAGUACGGAGAAUAUAAACAGAUAUAUCUUGCAUGAGUUGAAAUUCCCCCUUCUACACAGCUAUGUGAGGGGCAUGAAACUUCAUCUACACAACUUUGAUUAGUUUGCAUGAUCUGGUUUCAACUGUCUGAAAUAUGUUCUCAUUGGACAUUGUUCUAAAUUCUUAAAUUAUGAAUCUCUUAUUACAGCAUACUUUUCUCAACAGUAUUCUAGUUUGGGAAAACAUUAUUCCACUGACAGUCUUUGAAUUGCUCAUUUUACAGAUAAUCAAGGCACAAAUAAUUCUUAACAUAACACUUAGCAAGGACAUUGAGGAAAACGAUGUAUAUAAAAAAAGUACAAAUCAUUUAUAUUUUUUACAAAGUAACCCCUGACAAAUAAACAACUAUCAAAAUGGUCUGAUAAUUAAGCUGUUCUUUUUUUAAUAAACAUACUUUUCCUUAGUACACAUUUUAGUUAUCAAUUUAAUUUUAGAGCCAACAAACGUGGAGAGAAGAAUGUAAAACAAAAUGCUGUGCGUGACAAUUUCUCAUCGAAGUCAAGAUAUUUUCCCUAUCAGGACUAGCAUUAUAGAUGUGCCUGUCUGUUUUUCAUAAUGCUGCAUAUAAAUACAAAUUUCACAAUCUGUAUCAUUUUGUAGAACAUCUGACGAAAGUGAGCAAUGUGAAAGUCUCAUUGCCAUGCACAGUGUUUCGCAAGAAGAUGGAGAAAAUGGCUGUUCUUAGACAACAGGUAUGCACAAUUAUAAAAAAAGUUGUGGGUUACAUCUAAGUUAUAAAAAAGAACCUAUUACAUUAUCAACAUGAAACAGUUCCCAUCUCCUUACUUUUGGAAUGUUAAUAAUAAGCACAGAUGUUAUAGAGCCGGUUAUGUAUGCCAAUUGAUGACAACAAUUGCAGCAGCACAACUUCAGAGAAUCUGUGAGCAUCAGUUUUAAUAGUGGUUUAACUUGUAAAGUUUCUAAUGUUACAUUGUUUGUUUUAUUUAGUAUAAAAAUGUUUAUCAUUUAAUUUUUUAAAAAAAUCUUAUUAAGUGGUGUGCAGUCUAAAAAGCAUACAAAAAUCAUGAAAACAUGAAAACAAAAUUAUGUAUGUGAUUUAAUAAUUUGAAAACCAUGAGAAAAGACUUAAUAAUCACAGGUACUUCAUAAUGACACUGCCAGAUAUGCUUGUCCAGGUGUAAGUGCAUGAAUGUAAUUUAAAAUAUAUUUAUUUCCCAAUAAUCCUUCUGCUUCUUCCUUUAUGUACUAAAAUGCUGAACAGGCUGCUAUGUAGUUAGAUCCUUAGGUUUAUUUAAUCUAUAGCAGCAUGAUUAGUUAAUGCAGGUUAUAAAGUCCAGUCAAAUAAAUGCAGAAUGUUGUAUGUAAUAAACUAAUAAUACUUUCCCCAUUUCUUCAAUAGCGCAAGAUGGAAAAAUAACUCAGCGAAGAGACAAUCUCCUGGAAAGUCCUUAUGGAAUCAUGUUUCAGUGCCUCUUCUGAAUCUUUAA